UUCUGAUCGUUUCUCAGCUGAGAUCCGAGCUCUCGUUUCUUCUCGCAAACUUGAAGUUUUUAGCUCAGUUGCAUUUGUACUCAGCUACAACUCGGUCUAAUAAUGUUUCGCUUGUUUUUUGCAUUUAUUUAUGCAUUUUCUCUCCCAUAUUUUAUAUGUAUGGGUACUCUGAAAAGUCAUGAAGCAUGGAGAAAGACAGUGAAGGGACGAGUAAUGUCCAACGUCAGCAUGACACUCUACUGGUGGAUCCAACAACACUUUUCGUAUGAAUUAGUUAGGGACGAGGCCGAAUGGGAUGCUAUUGGCGGUGAUGUGUACGAGGAGUUUGAAUUUGAAUAGCUUUCAUAAAAAGGCGAUAUAAAAUACUGUGAAAUAUUUGUAAUCUGCCAAAGUUUCAAGUACAUCAUUUUGAUUUUAAAGUUACAAUUACAUAGAUUAUUUAAUUAAUUGGUACAUAUAAUUGCUUUUAGUAUAUUACACAUAUUAGGUUUAAAACAUUAUGUAUGUUAUCUAUAUUCAAUCGUAUACAACUUCAUGACUUUAGUUCGUGUAUUUUUGCUGAGUAAGUAAGAUUCCGAAGCAAAAAGUGAGGUCAUCACAAUGGACGCAGAUAUCUUGUACAGUAACAAAGUGCUAAUGCUACUUUUUAGAGAAUCGUUAUAUUUUUUAGAUCCGGUUCUCUCACUUCCUGGUCCGCAAAACUUAAUUAAACUACUAUCAAUGCACAUUUUCUUUUUAAUAGGCACAAACUAAGGAUGAUAAACGAAGUUAAGUGUACCAUACUUUAUCAUUUUUUGCACAACACAUUGCUAGAGAGGGCAUUACGAU